GUGGAGCUCACCACUUUGAAAGAUGCCUUUGGCAAGGACUUACGCGGGAUGAGUGCCACAUCCAGCAUCGCUCUGGACGAGGCCAUCAUCACGGUUCCAGCGAAGCGGGCACUUCAGGUCACCACAGGUGGGAUCUGUCCUGCCGGUGAAGAUUUUGCAAAGCGCGAGGACUGGCAACAGCUGCCUUGGUGGGCACAACUUGCGAUGUUGGUCUUGCGGGAGGCGAAGUCAGGCGAUACAUCCUUUCUCAAGGAAUGGGUAGACAGCUUGCCUCGAGAGUUCCCAGAAAUUCCCAUGAACUGGACAGAGGAAGACCUGGAGCUGCUAGAAUAUCCGCCAAUCCUUCGACAGAUCGAGAAGCAGCGCCGUGAGCUUCAAGAAGCUUUUGGUCAGGCGCAAAAGUGCCGCCUGCGCUUCACUGAGGCAGAGUUCACCUGGGCGGUCCAAGUCGUCCGGAGCCGUGCCUUCAGUGGACCGUACGAGGGCCGCAAUGCCCAGGACCGGUUGGGACAGCUGGCGUUCACCGCUGCCUUGGCCGGUGCGGGCGUCGCCUCCGGCGCGCUGUCGUUGGAGGCAAGCCUUAACGGCGCCCUGGCGGCUGCGCUGGCCAUUCCGUUACAGGACUUCCUCGUUGGACAGACUUCCAAGCUGAAGAGACACGUGGUUUGUCCGGUUGUGGAUUACCUCAACCAUGACAGUGAUGCCAUCUCCGACAUCGCUUAUGAGUAUUUCGGGAAUGCAUUCGUCGUACGGGUGAACGGCACCUUUCAGGACGGUGAAGAAGUCUGCAUCAACUACGGCGAGAAGCGGAGCAACGACACCCUGCUUCAGUUCUAUGGCUUUGUUGAAAGGGACAAUGCAAACGAUGCUUACACCGUGGACCUGUUGCGGCACCUCGACGAGGAGGCGGCAGCGAAAGGGCAAGCACUGGAGGUGAGGCUGUCGCGCACUGGGCCGGACGAUGAGUCCUUCGAAAGGCUGCUGUCGCUGCUAGCUGGUGGCGGAACCCCUGGUGCAAGUGAAGAAACCAUGGCUUGGAAGGCUGUUUCCAUCGCCUGUGAAGCAGAGCUCCAGCGGCGUAGUGCCGGAGAAGCUCGGGAGCUAGAGAGUGCAGGCACAGGCAUUCGGGCGCUGGCAGCGAGAUUUGCUGCUGAGAAGGAGAAGGUCUUACUAGCUUGCCGUGCACAUGCCGAAUCAAGGUGUCGACCAGCCACGGCUUCACCGUUGUCACUCCUUAGUCGAGCCACGCUGCUGCCCAGUUUCCAGGACGCGGAGGCUUGGAAGCACGAGUGGGCCUCCAGCGUCUUCCAAGCAGCAGAUCUGGCAGCUUUGCGUCGCGAAGGCUUUGUGAUUCUUCCCGGGGCCUUUGACAAAAGCCUUGCCUUCGAUGCCAAGGAGGAGUGUGAAGCUCUGGACGGUUCGGCCACCACCGUGACGACGAACCGCUGCAACCGCGGGUCCAGGUCUGCGUGGCUGGACUUUGGUGAACCUGCGGGUCUGACAGAGCUGGAAACGCGCCUGCCAGCGCUCAGCCGUCUCGGGCGAAUGCUGGCAGGGCUGCCGGCUCAUGUGCAUGGACUCGGGGGCUUUGGCGAGGAACUCAAAGUCCAUCCUGCAGCGAUGAUCGCCGUCUACCCGGAACAAGCGGCUGCAUAUGCCUUGCACAAGGACUCGUAUGCGCCAUCCGACAACGACCCGGCCACGGGCGCCACCAGACGGCUGACUGUGCUGGCGUACUUGAAUGACUGGCAUGACGGGUAUGGUGGAGAGCUGCGCAUCCACUCCGGUGGCGAGCGGCCGGACCCAAGGCGCUAUCGGAAUGUCGAGCCCAAGGCUGGCACCGUGGUGCUUUUUGACAGCCGCAGGAUCUGGCAACUCGGCAGAUAA